GAAAGAUUUGAAAAACGUUUUAGAAGUGUUAAAAUGUUUUUACUGCCUGCUCUUAUCGUAUCAGUUAAUUAGAUGGAACAAAGCCUAUUUUUUUAUUUUCUUCUCGAGCUGCUUCAGCGCUAACUUCCUCGUAGGAGCACAGAUCUGUAAUGCAUGUGGAUCCGCGCUGGGGCGCUGAAAUCCCUUCACAGCCAGUGGCAGGAGUGUGUGCAGAGCCGAGCGACUCUGUGGAACUUAGGCGCUCAGUAAAUCUCACGGCAAAUCUCUUUAGCGGCGACUUGACAUGGCUUGACUGGUCUCUGCGGGGAGUUUCAGGAAAUGCAACAGGUGGAAUGGCCGAGGCUGUGACUCGUGGACUGGCGUCACGUGACGCCAUGGAUGACACGAGCCCCAGCGGCUCCAACGUAAAGGUCGCAGUACGUGUGCGACCCAUGAACAGGAGAGAAAAAGACCUAAAAACAAAAUGCGUGGUAGAGAUGGAGGCCAACCAGACUAUUCUGUAUCCAGCCCUCACCAUUGUAAAUAAAGGAGACCCCCGGAAUCAACCCAAGGUUUUCGCCUAUGACUACUGUUUCUGGUCUAUGGACGAAUCUCAAAAGGACAAAUUUGCAGGCCAGGAUGUAGUGUUCCAGUGCCUUGGGGAGAGUCUGCUGAACAAUGCCUUCCUGGGCUACAACGCCUGCAUUUUUGCAUAUGGACAGACAGGCUCUGGGAAGUCGUACACCAUGAUGGGCUCAGCGGAGCAGCCGGGUCUGAUCCCUCGACUCUGCACCUCCCUGUUCAGCAGGAUUAUGUCUGAGGCGCGGGAGGGAGAGAGCUUUACUGUGGAGGUCUCCUACAUGGAGAUUUACAACGAGAAGGUCCGAGACCUCCUCGACUCCAAAGGAAGUCGACAAGCACUGAGAGUGAGAGAGCACAAUGUAUUGGGUCCCUAUGUGGACGGUCUGUCCCGUCUGGCUGUGGCCAACAACAAGGACAUUGAGUCUCUGAUGUCCGAGGGAAAUAAGUCUCGCACAGUGGCUGCCACGAACAUGAAUGAAGAGAGCAGCAGAUCACACGCUGUGUUCAACAUCAUCCUCACACACACACUCAAAGACCUCCAGUCUGGGACAAAGGGGGAGAAGGUGAGCAAGCUGAGUUUGGUUGAUCUGGCAGGCAGUGAGCGGGCAGCAAAGACGGGAGCAGCAGGGGAGAGACUGAAAGAAGGCAGCAACAUCAAUAAGUCUCUCAGCACUCUGGGUCUAGUUAUUUCAGCCUUGGCUGACCAGGGAGCCGGGACCAACAAGAGCAAGUUUGUUCCAUACAGGGACUCUGUCCUCACCUGGCUGCUCAAGGACAGCCUGGGGGGCAACAGCCGCACCGCCAUGGUGGCCACCAUCAGCCCAGCGGCGGACAACUACGACGAGACCCUGUCCACCCUGCGCUACGCCGACCGGGCCAAGAACAUCGUCAACCACGCGGUGGUCAACGAAGACCCCAACGCCAGGAUCAUCCGAGAGCUGCGAGAGGAAGUGGAGAAACUGAGGGAGCAGCUCACGGAGGCUGAGUCCAUGAAGGCCCCUGAACUGAAGGACCGGUUGGAGGAGUCGGAGAAACUCAUCCAGGAAAUGACAGUCACCUGGGAGGAGAAGCUCAGGAAGACGCAAGCUAUUGCACAGGAGCGUCAGAGGCAGCUGGAAAGCCUGGGGAUUUCCCUGCAGUCUUCCGGGAUCAGAGUGGUCCAUGACAGGUGUUUCCUAGUCAACCUUAACGCCGACCCUGCCCUCAACGAGCUGCUGGUCUACUAUUUAAAGGAGCACACACGCGUGGGCUCGGCAGACUCGCAGGACAUCCAGCUGUGUGGGAUGGCCAUCCAACCUGAGCACUGUGUCAUCGACAUCACAGAGAACGGCGUGGUGCUCACUCCUCACCGCAAAGCUCGAACCUGGGUGAACGGUUCUGUAGUCACUAGCCCAGUUCAACUUCAUCACGGGUACCGCAUCCUGUGGGGCAACAACCACUUCUUCAGGAUCAGUUUGCCCAAGCGCAAGGUCCACGGAGCGGGCGAGGAGGAGGAGAGCGAGGCGGAGCUGAAGCCGGCCCUGAGCACCGACCGCCUGGAGGCGGAGCUGGACGCGUCCAGCGACGUGUCGAGUGAGCGGAGCUUCAGUUACGAGUCUGCACAGGCCGAGGUGAUGAUGAAAGGCAUGGACCACAACGACCCGCUGCAGUCGGUGCUGCAGACCCUGGAGAGGCAGCACGAGGAGGAGAAGCGCUGCGCCCUGGAGCGUCAGAGGCAGAUGUACGAGCAGGAGCUGCAGCAGCUCCGCAGGAAACUCACUCCUGAGAAAUCUCUGGAGCUCCUGGACGCGUCCGGUCAUCCAGCCGGCGCCUCCGCUGCUGCAGUAACAUCAGCUGGCUCCCAAAAACGCAUGCGGCGGUGGAGUGACGACAGGGAGGCGAUGAUGACCCGCAGCCUGCGGCGCAUGAAGGAGCAGAUAGUUCGCGCCAACCUGCUGGCUCAAGAGGCCAGCUUCAUCUCAGAGGAGCUUAACAAGCGAACGGAGUACCGGGUUACGCUUCAGAUACCUGCUGCCAACCUGGAUGCCAACAGGAAGCGGGAUGCGGUGUUGAGUGAGCCGGCCAUCCAGGUGCGGCGUAAAGGCAGAGGAAAGCAGAUCUGGGCCCUGGAGAAGAUGGAGAACAGGCUGGUGGACAUGAGGGAGCUCUACCAGGAGUGGAAGGAGUUUGAUGAAGACAAUCCUGUUAUGAGAUCCUAUUUCAAACGAGCCGACCCCUUCUUCGAUGAGCAGGAGAAUCACGGCCUGAUUGGCGUGGCCAACGUCUUCCUGGCCUGCCUGUUCCAUGAUGUCAGGCUGCAGUACGCCGUGCCCAUCAUCAAUCAGAAAGGAGAGGUGGCGGGCCGGCUGCACGUGGAGGUGUGGCGGGGCACAGAGGACCCGGAGGCUCAGCUGAGCCGCGACGGGGGUUCACAGGAGCGCAAACUGCGCUGUGUGGUGAAACUCCUCCAGGCCACCGGUCUCCCUCGCCACCUGUCCAACUUCGUCUUCUGCCUGUACCACUUCUGGGGACAGGAGGAGGACACGUUCGUCGCUCCCGAAGUGGCGCCGUCCAGUGCGUCCUCUGCCUCCACAGACCCUCAGUGCACCGUGGUCUUUGACAGCGCCCAGGAGUUUUCUGUUCCAGUGUCAGAGGACUUUGUGGACUUUUUGGCGGAGGGCUCUUUAGCCAUCGAGGUGUACGGCCACAAACAGGAAAACCACCGCAGGAACCUGGCUCUGUGGGACCUUGGAGUGAUUCAGGCCAAGACCAGAUCCCUUCGAGAGAGGUGGAGCGAAGUGACCCGUCGCCUGGAGUUGUGGGUGCAGCUGAUGGAGAUGAACGAGGCCGGAGACUUCACACCUGUAGAGGUUCUUCCUGCCAAAGACAUUCGCACCGGAGGAAUCUUCCAGCUGAGACAGGGUCAGUCUCGUCGAGUUCGAGUGGAGGUGCGUUCAGUGCCUGACUCGGGCACCAUGCCACUCAUUGCAGCCUCUAUUCUCUCUGUUGCCGUCGGAAACGUCCAAGUCCGACGAACGCAUCAGUCCAAGAACGAGCAGUGGGAUGGGAGUGAAGACAUGGACAGUUAUCAAGAGGUUGACCUGGAGAGGAUGAGGGAACAGUGGCUGAUCGCACUCACUCAGAGGCAGGAGUAUCUUGAUCAGCAGCUACAGAAGAUAGUGUCCAAGUCAGAUAAAUCGGAGGACGACGUGGAGCGAGAGUCCCAGCUGCUGGAGUGUCGUCUGACUCUGACAGAGGAACGCAACGCUGUUCUGGUGCCGUCCGCCGGUAGCGGCAUCCCUGGAGCCCCAGCAGAGAGGGUUCCUGUCCCUGGAAUGGAAACACACGUUCCUGUCCUGUUCCUGGACCUCAGCGUUGAUGAUUUCCAGUCCAGUCUUUCGGCUCCGUUGGCUGGCGGGCUGGACGCAAUACUCGGAGGCGAGGAUGAUGACGACUUCUUUGACCUCCACGUCGUUAAAAAUUACGAUCCAGAGGUGAAGGUGGAGGCUUCCUGGGACUCAACGGUCCACAACUGCCCCCAGCUGAGCCGCGUGGCGUCGGCUGAGCAGAGGGUCUACCUCACGGUGCGUGCUGUGCUUCAGCUGAGCCACCCAGCUCACAUGCAGCUGGUCCUCAGGAAACGCAUCUGCGUUAGUGUCACAGGGAGACAGGGUUUUGCCCAUAGCCUGUUGAAGAGGAUGUACCAGCGCAGCACCAUCUCCAGCUGUGGAGUAACAUUCGAAAUCGUCUCAAACAUCCCAGGGGACAUCCAUGGUCCAGAGGACAGAGAGAUGCUGGCCCGCCUGGCUGCCUGUGCAGAGGACGAGCAGUCAGCUGACAGUGAGGCUGCCAUAGAGAAGUACCUGCGCAGCGUCCUGGCUGUGGAGAACAUCCUCACGCUGGACCGUCUCAGACAGGAGGUGGCUGUGAGAGAACAGCUGGAUUCCAGAGGCAAAGCUCCCCGACGCUGCCUGAGCUCCCCAAACAUCAACCGGCUGUCAGCCCAUAGUCUGGAUUUCUACUCGUCUUUUCAUAAGCUCAAGGGCUGGGACAGCCACCAGGACCUGGUGGGGCCUCCUCCACCCAGACGCACACUCCCCAACUCCAUAUCCCAGGACCUUAACACAGACACAGUGAAGGCCGUACCCAAACUGCUGAAGUCGCUGCUUCCUGGUGGGAAAAACGAUAGCGGGGACCAGACAGCUCUCAAUCAGCAGAGUUUGCCGCGCAUCGUGGUGCAGUCAGCCAGUGUCGAAGACGGCAUGAGCAAACAUCAGCAGCCAGUUCCCGCUGAAGAAGCACCUCCUGCUGAUGAGCGAAGCGAGCUCAUCAGAUCUGUGCCCGUCCCACCGCCCAUCAUCCCAGAAAUGGACGAGUCCACCCACAGCCCAGUGAGCGAAGCGUCCAGCGGCUACAUGUCGACCAGCCUGUCUACCGUCACGCUGUCAGACGUCUACACGCUGAGCUGGGACCUGCCGCCGGCGUCUGGCUUCGAGGCAGUGCCGGAUGAAGAGGAGGAGGAUACUAAAGUGACACCAUCUGACACUUCCCGUCCAUCUUUUCCUGUAGGACCUGAGCGAUUGUUGCAAGGUUCGACCGGUGACGAGUGGAUCGAUCCAUCGAACCUAUCCAAACCAGACCACACAGACGUAAACUUCAGCCAGCAAGAAGUGAAUCACGCUGCUGAAGGACAAGUAAAGGAGUCUGAUCUAGUUGUUUCACCCCUGAACCAACCAGAACAAGUGUCUGAUUUUGAAUUAGACAAUUCAGAACCGCUUAAAGAAUCAACAUUAGUACAAGAGGAAGAGGCCGAAUCUCCAUCAGCGGACCACUCUGAACCCGAAGAACCCCAGACAGAAGCACUCAUGCCAGCUGUCCUAGAUGGGACAGAACCCAAACCUCCACUCCACACUCCAACACCAAACACACAAGCUCCAGGUCAUGUGCAACCAGACAUCCUACAGCCUAAAAAAGAGCAGCUGAAAUAUGACACAGCUCAAGAUCCAGCUCUGAAGGAGAAAUCAGCCCCUGCUUUAGAGGCACCCGGAGAGCCAUUUAUUGCAAAUAGCACUUCAGGUCCAGCCACAACGAUGGCACCUUCACAUGCUUCUGCCACUGCAGCUCCCCCGUCCACCGGUCAGCCUCCCAAAGCCGCCACCUUUGCAGCCAAUCCGUUCAAGAUCCAGAAAGUCAAAUCUUCAGACCUCAAAUCCUUCCAGCGUAUUCUGGGUGACGGGUCUGAGCAGGUGGACCAGGCACACAGCGUCGAGGCAGGACUUCAACUCUCGGUUCCAAGUCUGGAAAUAAUCUCUGACUCAGAGGAAGGGGAUUUAGCUUCCACCACCUUUCCUGAGUGGCUGAAAGAAGGGGAGUUUGUGACUGUGGGGCCCAAUAAGUGUGGGACUGUGCGAUACGUGGGACCCACAGAUUUUGCACAGGGCACGUGGGUGGGAGUGGAACUGGAGGUUCCAGCAGGGAAGAAUGACGGCUCAGUGGACGGCAAGCACUACUUCCACUGUAACCCCGGUUACGGGGUGCUGGUGCGUCCUGGCAGGGUGACCCGCGCCAAGCGCAGGCGCCAGCAGCAGCAGCAGCAGAAGCGCCGAAGCGCCAACCUGUCCGGAUCCAGCCCCAACCUGGCGGCGCUCACGGCUCUGGCCAAAGGCGACGGCGGCGGAGCGGCGGCCGGUCGCAGCAGGGGGGAGAAUCGCAAGUCCUGGAAUCCUUGAGAGCCCUCCUCAUCAGAUCCAUCUAACAGCCACUUGCUGGACACCCACUCAGACAUCACCCACACUGAGCAGCUGGUUGACGUGAGUACACGGGGAGCUGAGAGAGAGAGAGAGAGAGAGAGAGAGAGAGAGAGAGAGAGAGAGAGAGAGAGAGAGAGAGAGAGAGAGAGAGAGAGAGAGACAGAGAGAGAGA